AUGAGCACUGCGGAGAAAGUUUCUGAGUCGAUCAAUCCUGAACGGGAUGAUACAUCCACUGACAGCUCCCUGCGAUAUGCUGCAUAUGCGAAUAGAUUCAGAACCAUUGCGCUAGCUUCUCACAGGUAUGUCGCAUAUACCUCUGACAUUGGAGAGUCCUUCCGUCCGGUGGUCAAUCAAAACUUCGUGAGGUUUUGUUACGGUAUCUCGUGGUCCUAUGUUCUUGGAGACGUGUCUCUCGAAGCGUGGAAGGCUAAAAUGAGACAAGAGGGAAGAUAUACCCCGGGAUUGCUCCCUUGGCAUAAAUUGCCAGAAGCAGAUCCUAUCGCAGCUGCUUCAUACACCGGAAUGGACUGGAAAUGGGUCGGAAUUCAGAGAGGUGUUUUCCAAUCCAUUGCCUCAAUGGGUUUGCCGGCAUUUACUAUCCAUUCGGCGGUUAGAUAUUCCUCUCUUCUGUUCAAAAACACUUCAAACAAAACACUAAAAACCUAUGGACCCGUCGGAAUUGGUUUGGCUGUUGUUCCAUUACUCCCUUAUUUGUUCGAUGAACCUGUGGAGAAUGCUACAGAGUACAUUUUUGAGCAGGCAUACAAGAACCUGAGUUCCAAAUAG